UAUGCAUAUCGCUGGUCGGCAGCAGCAAGGAGUGGAGCGUUUCCAUGCCCGAUACCGAGGAGAUCCUGUGCGUCACGGCGGGCAGCGACGUCGUCGCGUGUGCGACUAACGCGAGGUUGCUGCGGCUGUUCACGCCAAUGGGCACGCAGAGACAGGUCUGAUGAUGCUUCGACUUCAAGGGUAAAAACGAAUAAAACCACAGAUUGUAUACGAGGAACACCGCCAAAAUAUGGCUACAGCAACAUAGAAAUGACUCCACAAAAUAAAAAACUUGUAAAAAAGUUGCAGCGAACACAGUGUUUGUUAUCAUCACUCUCAAAAACAUCCGUCGAUUUGGACAAAUUAGAUUCCGAUUUUCUGAAAAAUGUUGUAUCAGACUCUCUGAAAAAUCAAGCCCGGAAACCUAGAGGCAAGCGAUGGAAUUUAAUUAACAAAAUUUCUGCUGUACUUUCAUAAAGUAUCUUCUGUAAUGCUAGAUCCAAAACAAAAACAUAAAAUGAAAGUGAAAUAUGCCGCUCAAACUCUAAGUAAUACUUUCGCAGCUAUUCUAAAGAUGAUUGCAGAAAAAUAUGAAGACACAGAGUACGGAAAAGAAGUGGCACAAACAUCCGAGGUAGUACGGGACCUUAAUAAUUUAUUUGAUUCUACUAAUGGCCCAUCAAACCCAAAAGAUGUAAUAAAGGGACGAAGACAAAAUGUGUCUCGUAAAACCAAUCACAUAGAAAUCUGGAAUAGUUUUUUGAAAAAGCUGAAGUCAAUGGAUUUCAUGAAAUCAGAUAGCAGGUUAAGAUUAAAAAGAGUCAGAUGCGUGGAAGGUUAUAUUGUAACCAUAAAUUCGCUUAAAGAUAUCUGGUGUUAUUGUAAGGAUCAAGGAUUUAACUAUUUGAAUUUACGCUCACUGAAUCAAGACGCUCUUGAAAACCUAUUCGGACUUAUACGACAGAAUAGCCCUACAAAUCGAAAUCCUACCUGCACACAUUUUGUAAGUGCAUUGAAAUCAAUUCAUAUUUCUGGAAUGAAUGCACCACAUAACCGAGGAUCUAAUUGCGAAGAAGAUUUGAACAAGUUAUUGCUUGUCAAUCCAUUAUGCCAACAUGAUGUUGAUGGUGAUGAGAAACUCACAUCAAUGACUACCAAUGAAGAAGAAGAAUAUCCUUUUUUAAUGAUACCUGAAAAUGAAUUAGAGGAGCAAAUUGAAACAGAUUUAACAGACAUAGAAAAUCAACCUAUUGUAUAUUUAAGCGGUUACAUAGCUUAUAGACUGUUGAAGAACGUAAGCUGUCAAAUGUGUUCUAAUUUGCUGAAACUGGAAGAUGUUACAGAUCACCCAAUGUAUAAAUUUAUAAGCUUGCGGGAGUGGUGGCAAGAAAAGAAAUCAUUAACGUACCCAUCUAUCCAGCUGUGUCGUACAAUUGAGGAAGCGAAAAACUAUUUUGAAAAAAAUAGUCAUUUAUUAUAUGAAGAAAAUGUCGGGCAAAUGUUUUGCACACUCUUUGCGGCAAACAUUAAUAUAACCUGGUGGACAUGUAAGGAACAUGAGGAUUUCAUGAAAAAACAAUUAUUUUGGCUUGUGACCAAAAUCUUAAUUAGAAGACAGUGCCAAAUAUUAAAUUCGGAUAUUAUUAAAACAGAAGAAAUUUCUGCGAACGCUGCAAAGAUAGCUCAACUAAGAAGCGCUGCAAAAUAAUAUAUGUAAUAACGAGUAUGCAAUAUCAAUUCCACGCGGACGAAGUCGCGGGCAACACCGCGACUUCGUCCGCGUGGAAUCUUAUCUUCAACAUUUUACAUCUUUAGUACCUAUAAUUUUCAUAUCCAAGCAAUGUUGACAUUUUUUAGCAAGUUGUAUGAAGUUUUAAGUCAAGUGGAUUUUGAUGUUGGUUGCUGAAAUUACUUUUCUUGUAUUCUCAUAAUAGGUACCUAUGCCCUUAUACAAAGAUUCAAGUUCCGCAUUCCGCACUCACUAAAUAUCUGAUCUCCAUACAAACUUUCAACCCCUUUUUCACCACCUUAGGGGAUGAAUUUUCAUAAAUGCUGAAAUGAGUUUUCUUGUAUUUUAAUUUAAAACGUUUUUACAAAGUUUCAAGUUCCUUGCUUAAAAUAAAAUUUGCACCCGCAGACAAACUUCCAUCCCCUUUUUAACCUCCUUAGGGGUUGAAAUUCCAAAAACGUUGCAAUCACUUUUUUUUGCAAUCGGCUAUUAUGCCUUUCUAAGAAGUUUCAAAACCAUUUGUAAUGGAUUCAAACUUUCAACCCCUUUUUAACCCUGUUAGGGGAUGAAUUUUACAAAACGCUGAAAUUACUUUUCCUGUCUUCUAAUAAUAUCCCUAAAUACAAAGAUUCAAGUCCAACACUCGAAAAAAUGUUUGAUAUCCAUACAAACUUUCAACCCCUUUUUCAUCACUUUAGAGGUUGAAUUUUCAAAAACGCUGAAAUUAGUUUUCUUGUAUUUAAAUAAUAUAUCUUUUAACGAAGUUUCAAAUUCGUAGCUCAAAAGAAAACUUUAACCCCAUACAAAUUUUACGUUCAUAACAUAAGCGUAUUGUAAUAAUA